GUGAACGCAAUAAGCAUCAAAAUGGAUUUAGCAGACAUAGCAGUUGGAUUUCUGUUAUCCUUUAUAAGCUUAUCGAUAUUUACUUAUUAUACUUUCUGGGUUAUCAUACUGCCAUUUGUGGAUGAUGAUCAUUUCGUGCAUAAGUACUUCUUACCCCAAGAGUAUGCCAUACUGAUACCAGUUUCUGCUGGUGUGGCACUUCUUUACUUCUUAAGCAUAUUUGUUGGAUUCGUGAUGCUCAAAUCCAAAACGAAGAAGGCUUAAUUUUUAUUGUCCAUUUAUUGCACAGUUUAUUCUAGGUUUUGAAACAGUGAACAUUUCAUACCAGUUAGCAAGUUAGCAACCGCUUUACCUUUUGUUUCCUCUUAAAAUCAAAGGUCAGUUUUCUUAGCUGUGUCUUCCAGUUAUGUAAGUUGUGUUUAUUUGUUUGUGUCUACAUUAAACUACAUGGGUGAGUGAAGUGAGCCAUGCUACAAAAUUUAGUUA